GAGGACGAGGGACCGUCCUCCAUGUGUUAUUGCAUUACCUUAAGCCGAGGUGCUACGGCCACUAUCAACUGUGCUAGCAAGGGUGAACGCGCUUGAUGUCUGGUCAGGGAUCUAUAGCAGUUCUUAUAGGGCUGCACACACAUCGUGUCACUCUUAGUGCAGGGUCGGAUGCAAUAGUCUGUGGGGAGAGCCAGACACACUCUCAUGAGCACUCAUCCCUUCGCUCGCUGUGUAACACUUGGACUCUGUCGACUGUCUCGUUCAUUGAAAGGCAAUCGCCGUUGUCACUUGCUAAGCAAUCAUAUACCCUGGUCAUUCCUAUAUGCAUUACAGCCUCAACACUCCCGAGACAGACAGACAGAACUAGUCUCGUCACUUACACUGGAGGUAGCAUAGAUAUCACCGCGUUAAAGAUAGCCCUAGCCUUGGCUCUUUACUGGGUCGCAUAAGUCGUUGAUAUAAUUCAUUUGUCAAACACUCA